AUGCCUUUGCUCACCAAGGAUCAAUCACUAUGGAUUCCUAAUGGACAGGCAGGUGCAAUGUCUUUGCUGAGGCCUCUUCUGGACAUGGUCCCAACAAUUCAAUAGACUGCUGCUUUGGCUUUUGGGAGACUGGAUCAUUAUAAUGAUGAUGUAGCAGAAGCAGUUGUCAAGGGUGACAUUCUUCCUAUUUACUCAUUGGCAGGACAGAAUCAUUUCUACAAGGAGGCUGCUGCUUUUGUGUUAUGAGCAGUUGCUAAACAUUCUCCUCAACUAGCUCAGGCAACAGUUGAUUGUGGAGCACUGAGAUGCUUGGAAGAUUUUGACACUGGAGUCAAAGAAGAUGCAACCUUGGCGUUUGGUUGUACUGCAAGACAUAAUGCAGAACUGUCACAAGCUGUGGUGGGUGGAGCAGUUCCUCUGUUAGUACUUUGUAUCCAGGAGCCAGAAAUUGCUUUGAAAAGGAUUGCUGCUUCGGACCUCAGUGAUAUUUCAAAGCAUUCUCCAGAGUUAGCACAGACAGUCGUGGAUGCAGGAGCUACUGCUCACUAAGCCCAGAUGAUUCUGAACCCUGCUGCUAAAUUAAAGCCUCAGGUCCUUUACUCUCGGGUGGCAAAACAGUCUGUGGGUCUGGCAGAAAUGGUGGCUAAAGCAGAGAUUUUUCCAGUUGUACCUACCUGCCUGAGAGACAAAGAUGAAUACGUGAAGAAAAAUGUUUCUAUUUUAAUUAAGAAGAUUGCACAACAUACACCCAAGCUUUCGCAGCUGACAGUGAACGCAGCAGUUGCCGCCAUGAUUGACUGCAUUGGAUCUUGCAAAGGAAACAUAGGCAUCAUGAUGCUUGGUUACGUGGCGGCUCAUUCUGAGAACCUGGCAAUGGCGGUGAUCAUUAGCAAUGGUGUGCCCCAGUUGUCAGUCUGCUUGUCAGAAGAACCAGAAGAUCACGUUAGGGCUGCCACUGCCUGGGCCGUGGCACAGAUCGGGAGACACACUCCGGAGCAUGCACGGGCCGUCGCAGUCACAAACACUCUGCCAGUGCUGCUUUCUUUGUACAUCACAGAAAGCUCUGAGGAUCUUCAAGUAAAAGUAUUUUUCACCUGGAUAUUUAGAUACACUUUUGCAGAGUGAACAGCUAUCAACCACUUAACAAAGAAGGAAAGCAUUUUAGAGGAAGAAUGGUGGUGUCGCUGAGGAAGUGGUGAGGUGUGGGAAGGAAAGCUGAAAGGAGAGCUGGGGUGAAGGCUCUGAAAACAAUCACCUUUCUACAGAGUCUGUAUGGACCA